GCUUCAUUGAGCAGCGAGAGAACAAGUUGUUCCUGUGCGGUACUUUGCAACCCUGCGCGGGGUGAACAUCAUCUGAUGCCAUUCGACAAGCCACAGCCAGACAAGCAGCCAACCGACCAUCCAUGAGUCAAUCCAUCGUCAGGUUUCCCCUCUCGGUCUUCUUUUUCAGUUGCCUCUCCCUGUUGAUUUGCCUUUUUACCAUCAUACCACUAUCAUUUUGUUUUCACCUCUCGCCGCCGACUGUCGAGCAUAUCCCCUCCGGCAUCCAAUCCCGAAGUCACGCAACGCCAUGUCUCUCCCUGAUCACAUCCCAUUUUGUUGAGCUUCCUGCAGCUCCCUAUGCCACUCUCCCUGUUCUCUCUUCACAACUUGACAUCUACAACGCACGUCCAUCCCCUGCUUUCCCCUCACCAGGUAAACAGUCCCGCGAGGGGAACACACACAACGCAUCCAAAAGGACCUCAUGCGAAAAAAAACGGCGCAAGUUGGGCUCCAAGCUAGACAAGUGAAAUAAUUAGGGUCGACAAAUGGCAUGCGAGGAUCAAAUCAGACGACAACAAUCAGACUUACAACAUGCAAAUCACAUCAUGACGCAUCUGGGGAACGGAAUACCCUUUGCUUUUUUUUCUCUUUCCCUGCUAAACGACCGUGGAUCUGCUGCUAGUGCUAACGCCACGAUCCAGAAGCUUUGACGCAGAGGGAAGGUUGGAUCCGGCUCAGUCG